CUUAGUUUUGAUAUUUUUUAGUACUUAUUUACUUUGUAUUUAAUAUUAUAUUAUGUUUAAAUUUGCUAACAUUGUGUUUUUUACUCAUAUUGUGUGUUUGGAUAACCUGCUGCUGUAACGCCACAAUUUCCCAGUUUGGGAUCAAUAAAGUAAUUAUAUUCUAUUCUAUUUCUUUCUUGAUACAUUCAGCCCAUAAUUAUUUCCAUCUCUUGCUCACUUUUUUACAAGCAGAGUAAAUCGACUAUAGUUCAAAACCACAAGUAAAACAUAUACAAGCAAGAAGAAAACAAUUCCAUUCUCCACGAAGUUCAGUCUUUUAAAAGUAUUAGAAACUGUUACUGUCUGCUAUUUGAGUCUCAAAAGCAGCUGGGGGGAUGGAUGAGCUGCAGACAAGCAAGGAAACAUUAAUCACAUUGGUCUCUAUUUUAACAUGAUGUAACAACACUACUGUCAAUGGCUACUUUUAAAAGCUCCAAUGUGUGUUACUUAACGGUAUGUUUGUUAUAUAUUUUUUAAUCAGUGGAGAGGAAGUAAUCAGAAGACACUGCUUAAAUGAAGAACUGGAGGACAUUGUCAGAACUGUUCUCGGCAACCUGGACAGUCUCGGGCCCUUCUCCAGUACCCACUUCAACGUCUUCCCUUACAAGAAGCCAUGGGAGGGAGUGUCGAAGGUCAUGUGCGUACAAUGUGACGGGAACCUGAAAGCCUAUCCAUUAAAUCUUCUCGUCUACCUUGAGAAAAACACGGGGAAUGGAAAGUCAGCAGGGGAGAAGUUGAGCUUACAGAAAGAAGCUGAACAAUCUCCAUUUGUUUCUGAGCCUCUGACAAAGCGCAGUAGGAGAGAUUCACCACUAGAGGAGGCCAUACUAAAGGACUUAACCAUCGACUUAGAGGCUGAAAGCAGGGGUGUCAUGGCUGGGCUGCAUUAUGAAUAUCAAUGUGCAGGGCGAAAGGCCAGAGAGGAUCCAGGACAUGAUGACAAGAGAGGGACCAAAGGGUUUGUGGAACCCCAGCAGAAAUCAAGCGUCAGCGCUGACAGAGGAAAAGGGACGCCAGGGGAAGUGCAACCAGCGAGCACACAGGCCGUGAUGAUACAGGACGAGGAGGAGGAGGAGGAGGAGGAAGAAGAGAAUACAGACUCUGAGCCUGGAACACCUGAAAGGAGAGGGAUCCUGACCCGACUAGCCAGCCUUGUGUUCCCCUUCUCCUUGUUUCUCAGAGAUCCCUGAGAGCGGAGCUAAUCCCAGGAGGUUCUACUGGUUCCAGUCUAGGAGACUUAAUGGAGUUUGGUUAAAGUUCUGCAGUAAAGUAAAGAAAAGUGUUGUUGCGAAUGUGUUUAAUUAUCUUUUAUAUUUGCGUCCCCCUUGUUCUCAGAAAUGUUGCACUAUUUUUUUUUUUUUUAAAUACCAGUUUUUGCCACAAAGUGAGAGGCAGUAUCGUAUACCAGCUCUCUCGCUUCAGGUCUCUAUUGAGAUGGAUGUUGAUUGUUGAUUUGAUGCUGUGCCAGUAAGAAAGCGCUCACAUGAAUCUACAUUUUGUUUAUUUCAUGUUAAAUUGUAUAGGGAGCAUAAAGCUAGUGAACUUACGUUACACACGACACUUUUACACACCAGGUAGUUCACAAUGUCCCCAAGUCAACAACAAAGACACAAAAAGCACAAAAACACCCUCAACAUUAAAACAGAUGGAACAAAUCUACUUGUGUUCAU